CGCUGCUGGUUGGCGUGUUUUUUUGUGUUGUUGUUGUUGUGGGGUUAGUUCCUUCUUCAUUGGGGCGGACCGACAGCACAGACAACAGCCGGGCUCGACAGCAACGUGUUUGUUAGUGAGUGAGUGUGUGUCUCUCCACCCCCCCUUCUCUCCCCUCCAGACCCCCCCUCCCCCGCAGUCGCAGCCGUGUGUUUCUAUGAGACGGGUUGAUUUUAGGGGGCUGCCGUCAGCCCGCCUCGCCGCCUCCGGACAGCCGAGCGCCGCGACUCACGCUGGAUUUUAGAGCCGCCGGAGAGCGCGUGGUGGAUAUGGAAUGGUGCAUGCCGCUGGGCCAAGUUUUCAGCCUCUGAAAAACACCGGAAUCAUGGACAGUCAUCCGCUGGGAACCAGACUUUGUCCACACGCUCUGGACAAAGAAGACGGCGUCGAGAGACACGGUCCCGUCACGCUGAACCCUCGGCACAUGAGGAAGGCGUUCAAAGUCAUGAACGAGCUGCGCAGCCAGAGCUUGUUGUGCGAUGUGACCAUAGUGGCGGAGGACGUAGAGAUCACUGCUCACAGGGUGGUUCUGGCUGCCGGGAGCCCGUACUUCCACGCUAUGUUCACAGGUGAGAUGGCAGAGAGUCGGGCGAAGCGGGUGAGGAUCAAGGAGAUGGACGGUUGGACUCUGGGCCUUCUAGUUGACUACAUCUACACAGCAGAGAUACAAGUUACAGAGGAUAAUGUGCAGGCGCUGCUGCCUGCCGCUGGCCUGCUUCAGCUGAACGAGGUGAAAAAGGCUUGUUGUGAGUUCUUGAGCUCUCAGCUUCACCCCUCCAACUGUCUGGGGAUUCGAGCUUUCGCCGAUCUCCAUGCCUGCUCCCAGCUCCUCACACAGGCCAACAGCUACGCAGAGCAACAUUUCACCGAGGUGGUUGGGAGUGAAGAGUUCCUCAAUUUGGGCAUGGAGCAGGUGUCCAGCCUGAUCGCCAGCGACAAGCUCACCAUCCCCACGGAGGAGAAGGUGUUUGAGGCGGUGAUCGCUUGGGUCAACCACGACAAGGACGUCCGGCAGGAGCACCUGGCUCACCUGAUGGAACACGUCCGCCUGCCGCUGCUCUCCAGAGAAUACCUGGUGCAGCGGGUGGAGGAGGAGUUUCUGAUCAAGAACAGCAGCGCGUGCAAAGACUACCUCAUCGAGGCCAUGAAGUACCACCUGCUGCCGGCCGACCAGAGAGCUCUGAUGAAAACCGCACGCACGCGCAUGAGGACUCCAGCCUGCUGCCCUAAGGUGAUGGUGGUGGUCGGAGGCCAGGCCCCCAAGGCCAUCCGCAGCGUCGAAUGUUACGACUUUGAGGGGCAGAGAUGGUACCAGGUCGCCGAACUCCCCACCAGGAGGUGCAGAGCAGGCGUGGUGUACGUCGGCGGUUGCGUGUACGCCGUCGGCGGUUUCAACGGCUCCCUGCGCGUCCGCACGGUCGACUGCUACGACCCGACAACGGACCGCUGGACGAGCGCGAGCAGCAUGCAGGACCGCCGCUCGACGCUCGGCGCCGCCGUGCUCAACGGGCUCCUGUACGCCGUGGGCGGCUUCGACGGCAGCACGGGUCUGUCGACAAUCGAGGCGUACAACGCGAAGACAGACGAGUGGUUCCACGUGUUACCCAUGAGCACCCGGCGGAGCAGCGUAGGAGUGGGCGUGGUCAAUGGGAUCCUGUAUGCAGUUGGAGGCUACGAUGGUGCAACCAGACAAUGUCUCAGCACAGUAGAGUCUUACAACCCUAAAAGCAACGCGUGGAGCUACAUCGCAGAGAUGGGCACGAGACGCAGUGGAGCAGGUGUGGGUGUGCUAAAAGGUUUGCUGUACGCCGUGGGGGGUCACGACGGUCCGCUGGUGAGGAAGAGCUGCGAGGUCUACGACCCGGCCUCUAACAGCUGGCGGCAGGUAGCCGACAUGAACAUGUGUCGACGCAACGCAGGUGUGUGUGCCGUAAACAACGUACUGUAUGUGGUGGGAGGAGACGACGGCAGCUGCAACUUGGCCUCUGUCGAGUUCUACAAUCCAAACUCGGACAAGUGGACGCUGCUGCCGGCCUGCAUGAGCACGGGACGCAGUUAUGCAGGUGUGACUGUGAUCGACAAACCCUUAUGACUGCUCUUGACGCUCGCCACCGAUUUGAAGCGGAAGGCAUUCUGCUGAAUUCUGAUCUCGGAUCUGUCGACGAUGCCGAUGCUCGGGUGAUGCUGGGCAGCGUCGGCACAGGCAACGACCAAGAGAGGAGGAAAAUGACGAGAUUGUUGUUAGGGAUGAUGAUGAUGAAGGUUUUUUUGCACUGUAACAAAUGAGGUUUGGGGGUGGGGGGGAAUCAAAACCUGUGUUUUAACCCCCACCUGAAAGGACUGCCGAUGGCGCCUGGACAAACUCGUUUGAAGUGCCACUGCGGCGUCAUUGAAGUGCUACUGGUGGGAGGCUUGUUUAACUGCAAGGCUACUUUACCAGGAGAGAUGUUAACAAGAAGCAGCUCUGAGAGAGAGAGAGAGAGAGACCAGGGGAAGAGAAGAUUCGGCACUGAAAUCUUUGCUUUUCCUAUGGUUUGUAUUGUGAGUUUGUGCGUGCCUGUGUGAGUGUGCGCGUGGGCUUGCAUAUAUAUAAAAAAAAAAAAAAAAGGUGCUCCUUUGCCUGCGCAUGUGCGUCCGUGAGCACCUGAGUCUCCGUGUGGUGACGCCGGGUCCGACUCUGUCCGACCUUUCUCCUCCCCCCC